UGUUUAUCACUUAUCAUUAUCAAUAUAAAAUUUGCCUACAUCCAGUGCUACCAAUAGAACCAAUUCAACUUGUGCUGUCAAUAAAAUUUCAAAAAUGGCAAGGUUUUUUUAAUUAUUGAUGAGCAGACAUUUUGAUAUAAUGAAGUAUAGUUUACAAUUGUUAUCCUUUGAGGUUAACCUCAAAAUUUCGCAUUGACAAAAAACAACGAAGUAACCCUGUUUUACAAAACUUCAUCGUUCAUUGUCACGUUAUUUUCCAUAAAUAAAAAUGAGUCAACCUCCGGCAAGAAGUAUCUGGAAGAUUGUUUUAACAAAUUUUAUAAAUUCUCUAAGACCAAGACAGAUUAGAGGGAAUCUGGUUGGAAGUGACUACUUUGGUAACAAAUAUUACGAAAUUCCUGCUGAUCCUUCUGUGGGUAAAAGAAAAGCAUCUAGAUGGUUUGAUCCACCCAAAAAGGAUGAUUUUAUGCAAGAAAUGCCAGCUGAGUGGGAAGCAUGGUUAAGAGGUAGAAGAACUGAGCCACCCUCUGAAGAAGAAGUAAUGAGGAAUUAUGCUCUUAUGCAGAUGAAGAAAAAGAACGCGAUUGCAGUAGAUGCUAAGUCUGGUCAAAUGACUCCUAUGGAAAAAGGGAUGGAAACUUUUCCCAAACGACCCGAAUAUGAAAUGUCCCCAGGAGCAAAAAGUGAUAAAGAAUGAUAAUAGCUUUCGUUGUACAGAUUUUAGUUGUAAAUAAAUUAAUUUAUUAGUGA